AAUUUGUUGGUUUCUGUUUUGGGAUUUGACGUCGAUCGGUGCAACGAGAGAGCCUACGACGGUCAUAUUGGAAAGCAUUUUUGCUUUUUCAGUUUUCUAUUUCCUUUCGGUAUAAAGGGACGGUGAGAGAUUCGAUCCCUGGCCCUCAGACUUGGACAGUUGGAUACAGAAAGACACACAGACAAAUAGGAGAGAGAGAGAGAGAGAGAGAGAGAGAGAGAGAGAGAGAGAAGGGAGACAUCUGAAACUCCAUCGUCAUCAUCAUCACCAUAAUCACCACCGUUCGUUCACGUCGAACUCCAGCUGAAUCCACUUCGUUUUAACAGAGGCCCGUCAGAUUCAGUCCUGGUUGGAUGUACUUGCUUCUGAAACCCUAGCUAGUGUUGCUCGUGGGUUGUUGAGAGUAUUGGCCCUUCGGAGUUCUGGAAAUCUUGGAUAAAAAAAAUUGUCUUGAUGAAGUCACUGGAUAAAUUAUCUAUUUUGUGUUGAAUAAAGGGAAAAUGCUACCAAAUUGGAAGAAACCCCACAUUGAGUUGACACUUACCUCCUCAGCACACAUUUUGUUCGUGUUCUCCGAAACAUCUAGGAGUAAAGAGGGUGUUAAUGGUGUUGUAUAAGAAGGGACCAUGGAGUAUGUGUCAGAGAAAAAAUUCCCUGUCAAUGCAAAUGACUAUAAGUUAUAUGAAGAAGUUGGUGAAGGUGUCAGCGCCUCCGUAUACAGGGCUCUCUGCGUUCCACUUAAUGAGAUAGUUGCAAUCAAGGUUCUUGAUCUGGAAAAGUGCAAUAAUGACCUGGAUGGUAUCCGGCGAGAGGUACAAACAAUGACCUUGAUUGAUCAUCCAAAUGUGUUACGGGCGCAUUGUUCUUUCACUACUAGCCACAGCCUUUGGGUUGUGAUGCCAUACAUGGCUGGUGGGUCCUGCCUUCAUAUAAUGAAAUCUGCCUAUCCUGAAGGUUUUGAGGAGGCUGUUAUUGCUACUUUAUUGCGUGAGGUUCUGAAAGCUCUUGUUUAUCUUCAUGCCCAUGGAUUUAUCCAUAGAGAUGUGAAGGCUGGGAAUAUCUUAAUUGAUUCUAAUGGUGCAGUCAAGCUAGCUGAUUUUGGUGUAUCAGCAUGCAUGUUUGAUACUGGAGAUAGGCAACGUUCCAGAAAUACUUUUGUUGGGACUCCAUGCUGGAUGGCUCCAGAAGUUAUGCAGCAAUUGCAUGGUUAUGACUUCAAAGCGGACAUAUGGUCAUUUGGAAUAACAGCACUUGAACUUGCUCAUGGCCAUGCCCCAUUUUCUAAGUACCCGCCAAUGAAAGUUUUGUUGAUGACUUUACAAAAUGCACCUCCAGGUUUGGACUAUGAAAGGGACAGAAAAUUUUCAAAGUCUUUCAAAGAGAUGGUAGCCACUUGCUUGGUGAAGGAUCCAAAAAAACGUCCAACUUCAGAAAAGCUAUUGAAGCACCCUUUUUUCAAACAUGCACGCCCAUAUGAUUAUUUGGCUCGUGCCAUUCUUGAGGGCCUUUCUCCUUUAGGUGAUCGUUUUAGGAUGCUGAAGGCAAAAGAGGCCGAUCUUCUUGUGCAGAACAAAGCUCUCUAUGGGGAUAAGGAGCAGUUAUCGCAGCAAGAGUACAUUCGAGGCAUAAGUGCCUGGAAUUUCAACCUUGAAGAUUUAAAAACUCAGGCUGCCCUUAUUCAGGAUGAUGGCAUGCCAAAUUCUGAAGAUCUGGAUGCUUGCAAGAAGCAAAAAGACAGGCAUGAUGGUGUUGGAUUUCCAGCAGAGAGACUGUCCCAUGAAAGCGCCAACCAUUCAAAUGCUCCACCUAAUCAGGAGGACGGGUUCGAUGAUUUAGAGAGUUCACUUGCUUCAUUUCCUAUAAAACCUCUUCAAGCACUCAAAGGUUGUUUUGAUGUCUUUGAGGAUGAUGUGAUUGCGAGUAGUCCUAGAGCUGUGGAUCAAGAGAAUGGAAGAAAUGAGGGUGAGUGUUCCGGACAGAGUAGUAUUUUACCACGUCAUGUCAUUCCUGAGCAUAAAAUUUUUUUGAGCGGUACACUACUACCAGAGAAUGCUCUUUCUCCUAAAAAGGUUAUUGGUGAUGGGGAAAGGGAUCAUCUACAAUCCAAAUUUCAAGGCGACCGUAGCUAUAGUGGUUCAUUGUUGUAUCGUCAGAAGAAAGAUGGCAAUAACAUUUCAUCCGUUGAGGAUACGUCAGAAGGAUCAGUUGUACAGCGUAAGGGGCGCUUUAAGGUCACUUCAGCAGACCUCAGUCCCAAGGGUCCAACGAACGGCAUAGUUGGCCCAAUUUCUGGGGGUUCAACCAGUCCAACAACCCCUAACCUUACACCUGCGUCAAUUCUCCAGUCUCUGCAAUGUAUUUUUCAGCAGAACGUCAUGCAAAGGGAAGAACUUAUUAAAUUGAUCAAGUAUGUGGAGCAAACCUAUGGCAAGCAUGCAGAGUCAGCUGAGGCUGUCACAAGUGACCUGUUGCAGAUGCCUCCUUCUACCACCAGGGAGAGAGAGCUGCAGUCUAAGCUGAUUCAUCUGCAACAAAGUAUUAGGAGCCUUGAUGAGGAAUUGCAGAGGCAUAAGAUGAAAAAUGCCCAGUCUUGGGAUGUGCAGUUAGAAAGGCAAAUAAAUGCUUUGGUGAACAAAGAGGAAAAAGUCUAGCAAAGAGGAUGAAGCCUAAUGAUGUUUUUCAAAUUACUGCCGCGGUGUGAACAAAAAAAAUAAAAAGAAAAAAGAAAAGAAAAAGAAGCAUAAUUCCUUCGUACUUUGUUGGUGAAGAAGCGUAAUUUGUAGCGCCUGAUUAUUUCUUCAGCGGCUAGUGAGGGUCUGUCUCUAAGGCACUUCUGAGGUAUAGGGCAUUUUUUAUUGUAUUUUAGUGUAUCAUAUGUGUGACCGUGUGUUAAGCCAGAUACCCAAUUUUGAAAUGCCGUUCAAAUCGAACUGUGUAACGUGUAAUUUAUUGACUGCAUAAUGUAAUUAUAUUACAGUUUGGUUCUCUCUCUC